ACAUGUCUGAGGUCCACCAGUAUAGGACUAGUUCUUUGUAGUUUUAUAGAUACCUGCAGAAUCAGACAGCGGUAAGAUCCACGAGUGUCUCCAAAGAGGGAGAGAGAGAGCUGCAAGCAUUUAUGCACAGAGCAACAGCAGUUACUUAUUUAGCUUUUUUAAAAAAAUUAUCCGUGACACAGAGAAAGGAUCAAUCAGGGUCUAACAGCAGAUUACAAUGUUUAAUUCUUAUCACCUCAGUCAGGUGAGCUGUCACAUAGUCAUCGUUUAUCAUCUAGAGUUAAAUAUUUUGAUAUAAUCUAGCCGUCUAUAGGUUGAAUCCCGAGUUUUCUUUUUCACUGUUUCAUAAAUCAGAAAUAAACUGGGCAAUUAGUGGUUUGGACACUUGGAUCAGCUGUUAUUAGUUUAUACUUAGUGUGUGAAUGAUAAAUAGCUCUCAGCUCUUUCUGACACUACACUAGAAUGCCGUCACUUGAACAGAUUGAUGAGGCCAUCAAUGUUCCAUGUCCCAUUUCUGAAAGGGGCUUUUGAGGCAUCCAAUUUUCACAUGAAAAUUUCAAAAUGCAGCUUCUAACACAAAAAGAAGACAAGGCAGAGUCUAAGCUAUCAAAUCUGUAUUAUUGUAAUUAUCAUAAUACACAUGGAAAUCAAAUGUUAUACAUGAAAAAAAUGUCAAUAUUGAACUUUUUUUUUUUUUUUUUUUUUUACACCUUUUCCUACCAUCAGGUCUAGAUGUCUGCCCUCCAAUUUAUUAUUUUUCUAUUCUCUAGAACCCUGACCAUGCCGGCGUGCUCUGCUUCUCUGUUCUGCCUGCUCCUCCUGCUACUGUGUGGGCUGCUCAGAGGUUUGGUGCUGUGUAUCUGCCCCUCUGUGUGUUCCUGCAGUGGGGGUCACCGUGUUGUGGAUUGCUCUUCAAGAGGCCUAACCAAACUACCGUCUGGUCUGCAGCACAACAUUCGCUUUCUCAACCUCUCUUUUAACAGCUUGCAGGGCCUGGAUGGUCAGCUCAGCCACUAUGCCCACCUGCGAACCCUGGACCUGUCCUAUAACCGCUUGGACAGUCUACCCCCUGCCUUGCCACGGUCUCUGUGGGACCUUCGAGCAGCAGGGAACCAUCUACGUACGCUAGAUAAAAAUGACACAGCUUAUCACUGGAAUCUGAAAGUACUGGAUUUGUCAGACAAUGAGCUGGAGAGAGUGGUCUUUAUUAAUAAUACACUCUUAAGUCUCCAAGCUCUCAAUCUUAGUUAUAACAGGUUUUGGACUGUGCCAACAAAUAUACCGCAUAACCUGGAAAGCAUUGAUUUGUCACAUAACUAUCUGGUGCAGAUCUUACCCGGAUCGUUGGAUCGAUUGCCGAAGCUGGCUCAGUUCUAUCUGCAUGCUAACCGCUUCUCAUGGUUGUCUGAAGGGAUCUUUGAUAAGCUGAAUGGGCUGGAGGUGAUCACUCUUGGGGACAAUCCCUGGGCUUGUGAAGAAGAAGAAAACAUAGCAAGGCUCCUCAGAUGGGCUGAACAAACCCCUGCAACUGUCUUUGGCUGCCCCUGUUACACAAGACCCAUCUGUGGGAAAACCCAUCUGGCAACAACAGGGAAGCACUCUGCUUUGUUCACAGAGCCACCACUCUGGAUUAACAGCAGAGGUGAGAGGUAUGAUGGCCAAUCACCUGCAAGGACCGCAGAUGUCACAUCGAGCUACCAGGCAAAAUCUGAAAAUGGAAUUUAUCAGGGCAAAAGAGGUGUGAACGAAUCUGAGGACCAUAUUUUGUUUGUCUUGACGUCUUCCACAAGUUUUAGCAGUUUCUCCACACGCACAAGCACGGCACAACCACAGUCUUCAAGCAAGAAGCCCAAAGUAGCUAACUCACUGAAUAAAGGGCAUGGACUCCAUGUUGAGACUAAACAAACUGUUACCCUGAUGACUGUAGUCAUGACAACCGCAUUCACCACCUUUUGAACCACCUGGACUGGAUACAGAACACAACAUCUGCCCAAUCAUUUAGGACAGUUAACAAAUUACGUUGCUUAGCAGCUAUAUUUUCAUUUCCCUUGUAAAAACUCUUGCAACCAAGUCAGUCAAUCUACUGCCUUUGAAAAUUCUGUACACAAAGAUUAUCUAUAUAAAGACCGAAAACUAUUCAAAAGAUUGCAUACAUGGUUUGACUGGUGUGUUAAUGUCGAUGCUCAGCUCUUAGCAUAAAGUAAUGCUUG